UACAACUUCUUGUGAAAUCUAUACAGAGUCAUUAUUCUGGAAGAUUUUCUUUGAGUAGACAUGAAAGUUAUGGACUAUUUUUUUGUUUUCGUGUUAUCCUUAAGCUGUAUUGCAUAUGUUACCCAUGGGGAAGCUCCGUGUCCGGCAGCAUGGAUCCAUUUCCAGACAUCCUGUUAUGUAUUUGCCACCGGUUAUCCAGAAGACUGGACGGAAGCCGGGUCUUUCUGUAAUCGUAUGGGUGCAAAGCUUGCAGAAAUUGAGACUAGAGAAGAAAACAACUUCCUUCGAAUGCAUGCAAUUGACAAUUACCAGCAAGCUGGAGUGCAUUUUUGGAUUGGAGGCACAGAUGUUUUGGUCGAUGGUCAAUGGAUCUGGAUAACAUCCCAAAAAAGAAUAAGCUACGCAGAUUGGUAUCCUGGCGAACCUAACGGGGCGCUGCAUGAGAGUUUUGUUGUCACUGCGCUUGGAGGGACAUGCAACAAACCAUGGGUGAAUCACGGAGACUCCUGCUAUCUCUUUGUCACUCACCUUCAAGAAAACUGGAGUGAAGCCACGUCAAUGUGUACUGAACUCGGCGGAUAUCUGGUUGAGAUUGAGUCUGCACAAGAAGACAACUUUCUGAAAAAUUACGCUAUACAUCAGCUGCAGAUUCAACCCGGUGGUCAAUUUGGUAAUGGCAGCUUCUGGAUUGGGGGAACUGAUAUGCUGGUUGAAGGCAAUUGGUUCUGGCUCUCAACGAAACAACCGUUUGUAUAUACUGAUUGGUAUGCAACCAGUAAGGAGCCAAAUGGAGGAAUAAGGGAAAAUUGCGCACAUCUUGGAUCACAUGUCCAUUUUCACUGGAAUGAUGCAGAUUGCCACUUACUGUAUAAUUUUAUCUGUGAAUCAGAGUAG